AUGAGACCCAGCCACACCUUCAAAUUCGAUGAGGCCGAAAUUUUAGCAAGAGAUGACAAUCGUGUGAGCCGAGAAUUACUUGAGUCCUGGUUCACGGACCCCCAGUCCAUAAACAAGUGCAACGCGCUGCCCAAUCCAUAUUCGGUGCUGAGGCUCAAUUUGACCAAAGUAAGUCGCCGCUCAGGGAACGCACAGGCCACCGCGUCGUCUUACGCCAACACCGGAGAACCAGAUGGCCGAGUAGACAUCACAUCUAAUUCCACCACGCGGGAUGAAAGUUCAGCAUGCCCGCAUGCCGGUUAUCAAGCCAUCAACACACAGGCGGGCCAUCAUCCUUAA